AAAUCAAGCAGCCAUAUAGAGUUACGUUCCUAUUUGAAACAUCAAGGUCGUAUGCGUAUUGUGGUGAGGAUCCUUAAAACUAUUACGGAAGCUCUGGUUUAGAGUGAUAUUUAUAUUCUCAAGUUCAAGUAAGCCUCCUCAAAUUUGUAAACAGCCAUAAUGUCGUUUGUGUUUUUGUUGCUGGAAUUGCUUCUUGCUUGUGAAUAUUCAAGUAUGUUUCACUUCAAUGCGGCACAAGUUUAUGAAUGAAAUGCAUCAUCUUCAGGGCUUAUUGUGAAAAGCCACACAUUGUAAGUCACCUGAACAACAGGCCCAAAGCAAAUAUGGGAUAUAAAUAUGGCAAAACCUGCCAACGGACAACGCGUUAAGUGUCGAAGUCAAUUGAUUACGCUUGUAUUAUAAGUAGUUUUCUGGUUACUAUUCACCGAUAUCUCACGCUAGGUUUAAUGGUAUGCUAAUAACUCAGUUUUAGUCUCGAAUUUAAACUAAGUGAUGUUAACACUGUCCUAUGUAAUGUUACCCAAUCUCCCGCCACAGUAAACUUUGGGGAAGUUUUGGGGAAAUGGCACAAAACAUCAAAAUUUCCCCAGACCUGGGGAAAUCCCCCAAUAUUUCUCCGAAAUUCCCCUUUAACCUUGGUCAAGGUCAUUUGACUUUGGGAGUUUCCCCAAACUUGGGAGCUCGGGUAACUUUCCAAGAGUAUAAGAACAAUGUAAAUAUUUAUAGGGAGGAUUUCUUAUUGUCUUCUUAAUUGCUCAGUUCUGUUUGUAUUCAUCUUUCAUUGCCCUUAAUAUAAUUUAAUUCAAUGUGAUACGUUGAUUUCUCUUUGUGUAAAAUUUUUCUUGGUCAUUGGUACCGUGUAGUCCUGUGAAAUGACUGGAGUUGGCCUGAUCAGUUCUUGGUCUGAGGUAGAUAACUUCCAGAAAAGCAAUAAUGUUACUCAGUUGUUCGAUGAGGAUCCGGAGAUGUUCGAUGGAUCAAGCCUUUUCCCUCAUUUUUGUAGUCUUUGGAAAAAUUCCCAAACAGCUUUAUCGGAGAUCCCUAUUCAGUAUGGUAAUGCAUGCCACAAGAUUGCUCGUAGAUUACCCAGUAUGUUUACCAAAAUGUCUCAUCGUAAAGGAUUGCCUAAUGUCCGUAAUAUUACAGAAAUGAUUAAUCUUGAAAGGAACACAUGGAAUCUUAUUUCAAGUAUUUACUUGGACCGUUUUGAGUCAGAAUCUAGGACCGGGACGGUUGAAGGAAAUGACUUAUCUAAUUUUAAUCACUCCGAACGGGAAAUAAUUCGAUUACUAUACGAAAGAGAUAAUGAACUUCGUGAAGCUCAGAUAUUAAUUGAUUGGUUAGAACAAAUAGUUCGUGAGCAGAUCGAAGAAGUUGCUGAGAAAUACGAAUGUUUAUUCAAUCAGACAACUACUUGGGAGAAUACGGCACAUUUAUUGAGUUAUCUUUCACAAGCGGAGCUUACUAAACAUCGUUUGGUAAAAGAAUUGCAUCCGGAUGCUGUAACCCUAACAGGCAAUGGAUUAGAUCAGAAAGAUCAAAUUGAUAAUGAUCGAUUUAUAAACUAUUUAUUCCUAUGUCUUCGUGGUGGAGAUCUUCAUCGUGCUCAACUUCUUUGUACACAACGUGGUGAAUUUUGGCGUGCUAUUUCACUUGAAGGUUGGCGACCAUUUCAUUAUUCUGGUUUUGUGGAAAGUGAAUCAACUCAAUUUCAAACAUUAAAAGAUAGAGAUGAAAAUUUUACUCAUUCAAAACCAUUACAAAUGAAAUUCAGUAUCGAAGGGAAUCCAACGAGAAUUUUAUACAAAUCUGUAUGUUGGUGGAAUUCAGAGAAUAUAAAAUUACGUUCAUUUGAACGAGCUAUUUAUGCUACAUUAUCAGGAAAUUUAAAUGUUCUAUCACAAAUUUUACCAACUUCAUGGACAGAUCAAACAUGGGCACAUUGUCGUGCUUUAGUUGAAGCUCGUGUAGAUUCUAGUCUACGUAGCCUAUUGAAUACUGGCCCUAGGGCUGAUACACUGGCUGUUACCGGGAAAACAUCUAAAUAUUGGCCUCUGGAUGGAGGUUUAAGCUUGCCUGAAUCAGCUUGGACACCGGGUGAUUGGACAUUAUCCGAUGUAUUUACACGUGUCGAUGCACGUUUAGGUUGGUCUGCUACUGGAUGUUUAGAAAAAUGUAAUAAUCUACGCAUGAGAUCAGUAUUGUGUUCUGCAAUGAAUGAUUUCUUAAUGGAUGAUACUUCAUAUUUGUACACGAAUGAUGAUAUUGGUGGCAGUGGUGCCGGUGGGAAUGACAUGGAAUCACCUUCUGUAUAUGCUAUUAUUUAUUGCAUUUUCUAUGCUGUACAACAGACUAUCAUGUUAAAGAAUUAUGAUUCUUUUCUCCUAACUUUAGCCAAUCUGAUGCCGAAACUUGUGUGUUAUGGUUUAGGCGAUGGUAUUGUACCAGAUGUAUCUCCAUUACAACCGCCAAAUUUGAAUAGAGUUGGGAAUAUUGAUCAAGUAGUUUGUCACACACUUCGAUUUCUGACUCAUUUUGUCCUGUUUUUAAAAUCAGCAGAUUCUGAUAUUCCGGAUGAACCAUAUUCAGAAAUUAUUAAAGCUUAUUUAUGCUUUUUAAUUGUGAAUAAAGAAACCGACUUAGUUGCCUAUUAUGUUUCUGUAUUACCCACUGAAUCAUUACAAAUUCAAUGGUAUUCAUGGUUUUUAACAGAAAUCAAUCAUCCAACUGAACGUGAACAUUGUUUAUCAUUAGCUGUUGAUUAUGGUUUCAAUUUAUCGAAAUUAACAAGAUCCAUAGUAAGAUUAUCCAAACAACGAAUUGAUUUAUCAUCAAUCAAUCAAUAUUCUUCUAAUACAAUGGAUCAUAAUUCAAUAUUAUCCAAACAAAAUAACUAUAUAAAACCAUCAUUCAAUGAAAUGGAAUAUUUCACUAAAUUAUUACAUACUACUACUAAUAAUAAUAACAGUAAUAAUAAACAUGAAAUUGGUAAAUUAACUGAUCUAGAUAAACAACGUAUUAUUGCAAUGGAUUGGUUAUUUUAUAAUCCAGAUCAACGUGGUGAAGCUUUAUGCUUAGCUAAUAGUUUAUUAAGAGUUUUUAUUGCAAUGCAUUCAUUUAAAGCAGCACAACAGGUUCUAUCAAAAUUACCAGUUGGUACAUUAGAACAUGCUAAAAUAAUUUGUGAGAAAUUGGGUUCACCUGAUUGGCUUGUGAAUACAAUACGUGAACAUGAAUGUCUUACUUUAUAUUUAGAAAGCCGGGAUGCAUUUGCUGACUGGUAUCAACAAGUACAUACUAAUCGACCUGUACAACCGUCUUCGUUAACAAAUAAUAAUAAUUUUAUGCAUACAACAUAUGGUCCUCGUGGCUUAGCACAACGUCUUGCCAUUGAAGAAUCAAAAAAAGAGUAUUUAGCUCGUCUUGAACGUUGGCGACAUGAUACACGAUUAGAUACAGAGGCAGCAGCUGAAAAACUUUUGGCUUUAUUAACAUAUCCUCAUCCCGGUUGGUUGGUUGAUAUAGAACAGCGACAACAACAGCAAUUGAAUAUGGAUUCAAAUGAUCGAUUAACAUUGACAACAGAAAUUCAUCAUGAUAAAUUAAUUGAUCGUAAAUUCGAAGAUGAUAAAGGAGGAGAAAUACAUGGAAACAAUUGUGAAACAUUAAGUAUGAAUAAAAAUGAUUUAUUUGAUGAACUUGAUGAAAAUCCUGCUUCACGUCAAUUACAAAUGAAUGUACUACGAGAGACAUGUAUUACAGAGACAGUGUUUCUUAUUGUUCGUUUAUAUCAAACUGCUGGAUUACAUCAAAAAUGUAUUGAAUUAUCUAAUUUAAUUGUAGAUAAUGAAUAUGGUUUAUUCAAGUUGUUCUCUGGACCUCAGCUUCAAAAUCUUCUUCAUCAUAUUUCUGAAUCAAUUCAAUAUUUAAUUGACAAUGAACAAGAUCCAUUGGGUUAUAUUAUACAUUAGUCAUAUGAAUAUGACUUACAGAUAUUGUAUAUGCCUCUCUGUCUAAUGUCUAAUCUAUCCAUGAAACAAAGUCUGUUGAACAAAAAUCGUUUCUUUCUUGUCUAUACAAAUUGAUAGAAAUGUUUUUGUAUCCCUAUAUUGUAUUUUUCUAUGUAUAAAAGUCGUAUAGAGAUUUUUUCUUUGUAUGUGUAAAUUGUUAAUUCUUAUUGAAGAAAUAAAUAAUUUGUUUACUAUAUG